CUUUGUGGUUUUUUUUCUUCCCAUUCUUUCGUCCCUAUUCAAAAGCCAACUCCAAUUUCCCACCAAAGCCUACGUACUAUCAGUUUGGCGCAAUUCGAUUAACGCAUACCCUCUCCGACCUCAUGUCGCCGUCUUGCCGGACGGCGAACGGUUCUCGCUGCUCAUGUAUCCGCGGUGAAAUCGAUGGAACCGCUGGCGACGAUUCCUGUGAUCCGUCUGACCAUACAUGCGUACAUUGCAACGGGUCCGAUUCGAUUAAAACUUAUCUCUCUACCUAUUUCUCUUCGUUGGGAACGAAAUCUGGUGAUUCGGAGAAACUUCGUAGAAUCAUCGUUGCUUCCGUCAAAGGAUUCUCCAUAGGUACUGGGAUCAAAGGUGGGUUAGCUCUUUUCUCAAUCGUUGCUCGGUUCGCUCGUCGUAGAUCUUCUUCUAAAUCGAGGAGAAGCGGUGAUUUCUCAAAUAGUGAAGCUAUUGCAAUGGGGAUUAAGGAAACACUAAGAUACGGACUGUUCUUGGGAACUUUUGCUGGUACUUUUGUCUCCGUGGAUGAAGCUAUUUGUUCUUUUGCAGGACACCAAAGGCAUGUCCCCACUAUCUUGCUUUUGUCCGUUCAUUCAGAUUUAGAAUUAGUGUAUGGUAACACAUUUAAUCACUUUGAAGUCUUUUGUCUGAAUCCCAGAACUGCAAAGUGGAGGGCCCUGUUUGCUGGUUUAGUGGCAGGCCCAUCGAUGCUUCUCACUGGACCAAACACAACACACACCAGUUUGGCUGUUUACAUUUUGAUGCGUGCGGCAGUUCUUGCGUCCCGGUGCGGUAUUAAAAGCAAACGGUUUGGUUCAGUUUGUAAGCCGCUUACUUGGAAACAUGGGGACUUGUUUCUCAUGUGUCUCUCAUCUUCACAGAUUUUGUCUGCUUACAUUUUAAAGCAAGAAAGUCUUCCUUCAUCGUAUAAGUCAUUCCUGAACAAACAUGGUGGGAAGGAUCUUUCUAUCUUACAAGGUAUCAAAGAUCUCGCAAGCGCCAAACCAUUCACCAAUUUAAGGGCAAUCGAAAAAUAUUACAAGUCUGUUGGAGUUGAUAUCAAACUUGAUCCUAACAUGAAAAUCCCCUGUUCGAUAAUACAUGGAGGUGAAUCAUGUACUAAGCACGGUCUUACAUUUAUCCUUCAAGCUUACAUGAGGGCGUUACCUGUCUACGUCCCUGUCUACUUGAUUCCAGCGCUGAUAGUCCAUCGCCAAGAUCUACUAAAAAAGCAAUACUCUAUACUUGGCAAGGGUCUUCUUGGCACAGCGAGAUCUAGUUUGUUUCUCUCCACUUACUGCACUUCUGCCUGGGCCUGGACAUGCCUACUUUUCCGGACACUUGAUACAUGCAACAUACCACUCGUGGCCAUAGCAACGUUCCCAACAGGCCUGGCCUUGGCAAUUGAAAAGAAAAGCAGAAGGAUAGAGAUAUCACUCUACUGCUUAGCAAGGGCUAUAGAGAGCUUUUUCACUUUCAUGACGGAGGCAGGAUACAUUAGACCGCCCAAGAUUCUAAGAAGAGCAGAUGUAGUCGUGUUCAGCGUUUCGACAGCCAUUAUAAUGCACUGCUACGCACAAGAAAGGGAGGUAUUUCGAUCAAAAUAUUUGAACGUCCUAGAUUGGGUUUUCGGUGUACCCCCUCCACUUCCUUGUGAAGAAACGUAGAGACGUUUACUUUCCAUAUAUCGACUUAGGUUACUUGUGUUUCACGUUUAACCAGAAGGUCUUUGUUGUGAUGGUAAAAUGUUUUUAAUAUUCCUCUGCAGGAGUUUUGUUUCGCAUUUUGGGACAUCGAAUGAAAUUUUCUUAAGCCAUAUGCCCAAUUCUUGUAGUUAUGUCGAACAAUUAUGCUUAAG